AUGCGAGGAGAUUUAUGUGCUGAUUUCCAUCGUGCAGGACUUAGUCCCCUACUUUUAACUGGCCCUCCACAUGCCUCACUGCGCCUCAUCUCUGCAGAUGCAUCGUCGCUGGCGGCAAUGUCCAUCGAUUUUGGCUCGCAGUUCAUCAAAAUGGCACUGGUGAAGCCCGGUGUACCGAUGGAAAUGGUGCUAAAUGAGGAUGCAAGUAGGAAGACGCGGAACCUCCUCACAAUCAGGGAUGGCGAAUAUUUGUUCGGUGAUACGGCAUUGGCUUUUUCGGUCAGAUAUCCGGAAUAUUCAUUCAGUUAUUUGCUGGACUUACUCGGUAAGCAUGUCGACAACCCGAUUGUUGCGCUGUACAGACGUCGAUUUCCGCACUCGAAGAUUAUCUUGGAUGAUGCGAGAGAUGUAGUGCAACUGGAAGUGGAUGGUGAAAGUUUUGACGUCGAAACCCUGAUUGCCAUGGUGUUGAGGCAGUGCCGUAGAAUUGUGGAAAAAUUCGCAAAGCAAUCAGUACGAGAUGUCAUAAUCACGGUGCCCGCUUUUUUCACUCAGACCGAACGAAGAUCGUUGGUCGCAGCGACAGAAAUUGCGGAAUUAAAUCUUCUUCAACUCAUGACCGACUAUACGGCGGCCGGUCUAAAUUAUGGUGCAUUUCGGAGGAGUGAAAUCACUGAGAAGCCGCAAACAUUGCUGAUUUAUGAUGUUGGUGCAUCGAAAGUGACUGCUUCGGUGUUGGAGUAUGUGCUUGUACCGGAAAAGCAAGGAACGGAAAAGAAUCCGAUGAUGACAACUCUCGGGAUUGGUUAUGAUCGGACACUUGGGGGUUUCGAGAUAACGCAAAGGUUGCGAGAUAUGUUUGUGAAUGAGUUUCGUAAGAAGAAAAAAACGAAAACGGAUGUAACGCAGAAUGCUCGCGCCAUGGCAAAAUUGUUUGAAGAGGCUGAACGAAUUAAAAUUAUACUUUCGGCAAACGUCAACAUUACUGCUCAAGUUGAGGGCGUGCAUGAAGAGCAGCAUUUCAUGAUGCCAUUGACAAGGCAGGAACUUGAGGAAUCGAUAAGUGAUCUUGAGCCAAAAUUCGUGCAGCCCAUUGUUGAUGCGUUGAAAAUGGCUGAACUUUCGCCAGAGCAGAUUGAUCAUGUGGUCCUGAUGGGUGGAGGUACGCGCGUUCCGCGACUGCGGCAACUUCUUCAGAAGUUUUUUAAAGGAAAGGAGUUAGGCAGAUUCUUGAACACGGACGAUGCGAUUGCAAUGGGUGGGGUCUAUCAGGCGGCACAUUUGAGCAAAGGUUUUAAAGUCAAAAAAUUCGACGUGCGCGACCUGCAGAUUUUCCCAGUACAGGUGGAUUUCAUGAGUACACCCGGCAAUGACAACACAGUUCCCGGGCGCCUUAUUCGUCGGCCAAUAUAUCCCUAUAAAUCCUUCAUUCCGGCCUCCAAGAAAGUCUUGUCAUUUACUUCGUUCACAAGGGAUUUCUCGAUCUACAUUAAUUACGGUGAUAUGAAGCACUUAAGGGCUGAUCAGAUCAGACAGCUUGCUUCCCUCAAUAUCAGCGAGGUUAAAAUUGAGGGUGUCACGGAGGCAUAUGCAUCUGAAGCCGCUAAAGAUGGCACUACUUUCAAGGGGAUAAAGACACGCUUCAGUCUGGACAAUUCAGGAAUACUGCAUUUAGGUGGAGCUGAGAUGCUGUUGGAGAGAUCCCCAAAGACAAAAUCUGCGUUUGCCUGUAAGACUAUUUCAUUGUAUAAAAGAAAGCUGCAGUCUGUUCAGAAAAGUUUAAUCGAUCUCUCUUCUGGCUGUUUAGAAGGGCGGUGUAAUUUGUGGAGCGUCGGUCUUCUUUUUCACCUGACGGGUUUUUGCACUUAGCA